UGUAAUGGUUUUCGCGGACUUGGCAACACUGAUGUGUCGGCCGCUUGGGGUAAACAUUCCGUUUCUAUGGCAACUGUGGAACUUCAACGAGACUAGCCGUUUGAUUACGUCAUAGAACAGGCUGCUUAUAAAGAGCUGCGCGCUCGCAGAAGUUCUGAAGUUCAGUGAUAAUCCGAGCCGAGGCGAAGAGUCACCGAGCAAAGAAUCUAAGCGAAGUCUACGAAUACUGAGUACAGUCCAGACUACAGAUGGUCCAUAUUUAGUGUUUAUGAAAACAUACAGUUUAUUCACACUGUCUGCAGUCUCACUCACAGUGUGUAUCAGAUACAGUUUGACAACAAUAUCUAACAGCUACUAAAUAGAGUACAUCAGAAAUCAUGUCCACAGACUCCACACAAAAGAGAGAUGUGCAGCUGAAGGCUAAUAUCAGCAGCACUGUCUCAGAGAAUGGAAAUGAUCAGAGUGGCAUGAAUAUUUCUCCUGCAACCAAUGAGAAGACCAGAUCAACAGUGAGGAAGAGCAACAAAACCUCUGCAUUCUUCCGAAGAACAUGGAAGGCUGUGAAAAAAUCCUUUCAGAAAAACAGAGUGGAUCCCUUUGGAGUCUCAGCACAGCCUGAUCCAGAGCCAUCGUGUGUCCCAGAUCCUGAAGCAGAAGAUACAGUGGACCUGGUUGAUGAAGAGCAAUUGUGUGCUGAAGGCCAAAGUGGUGCUAAACUUCAAGUGACAGCAGAAACUCCCAAAACUCAAGUGACAACAGACUCCACACAAAAGAGAGAUGUGCAGCUGAAGGCUGAUAUUAGCAGCACUGUCUCAGAGAAUGGAAAUGAUCAGCGUGGCAUGAAUAAUGAAAAGACCAAAUCAAAAGUGAUGAAGAGCAACAAAAUCUGUGCAUUCUUUCAAACAAGAUGGAAGUGUGUGAAAAAAUCCUUCCAGAAAAGCAGAGUGGAGCCUAUUGAGAUCCCAGCACAGCCUGAUCCAGAGCCAUCGUGUGUCCCAGAUCCUGAAGCAGAAGCUGGAGUAGAUCUGGUUGAUUCACAUCGUGUCCCAGAUCCUGAAGCAGAAGCUGAAGUAGAGCUGGUUGAUUCACAUCGUGUCCCAGAUCCUGAAGCAGAAGCUGAAGUAGAUCUGGUUGAUUCACAUCGUGUCCCAGAUCCUGAAGCAGAAGCUGGAGUAGAUCUGGUUGAUUCACAUCGUGUCCCAGAUCCUGAAGCAGAAGCUGAAGUAGAUCUGGUUGAUGCACAUCAGUUUUGUGUCGCAGGUCCAAAUGGUCCUGAACCUCAAGUGAAAACAGAAACUCAAGUGACAACAGAGUUGCCAAUGUUACAUAAUGUCCUUCUAAACAUUUUCCAACUGGAGCGUCGCAUGUGCAAAUGUAGAGUUAUGUGGACACCUAUCACUGAGGUCUGGCCCAGUGUCUUCAUGGGAAAUGAGGAGACAGCAAUGGACCGAGUCAAACUGAAGGAGAUGGGUAUUACUCACAUCCUGAACACUGCGGCAUACAAGGAAUAUCCAGAAGGAAAGAUCGAUACAAAAGCGGAAUAUUACCAAGAAAUGAACAUCACUUACUACGGCGUGCUUGUAACGGAUGAACACAGGUUUGACAUCAGCAAGGACUUAUUCCCAGCUUCAGAAUUCAUCCACAAGGUCCUGAGUAACACAGAAAAUAAGUUGUUAGUGCACUGCAUAGAUGGUGUCAGCCGCUCUGCCACAUUUUUUCUGGCGUACCUGAUGAUCCACCAUGAAAUGUUGUUGGAGGAUGCCAUCGACCACGUCAUAGACAAGAGAUGGAUCAGGCCAAACAGGGACUUCUUGAAGCAGCUGAUAACCCUCAAUUCAAACCUCGUAACACAGGGGAAACUACAGCUAAGAAAACCCAUAAACACAGAUAAAACAAAAAACGGAGAGGACGCAGUUGCGCCCCCUGUUCCAGAACCAUUGUGUGAGCCAGGUCCGAGCAAACCUAAACCAGAACCUCAAGUGACAAAAGAGCUUUCAGUAUUAGAAAGUCAUGUCUCUCUAAGUGUCCUUCAACUCCAGGAUCGCGUGGAUGAAUAUACACUGUACUGCACACCUGUCACUGAGGUCUGGCCCAAUGUCUUCAUUGGAAAUGAAGAGACGGCAAGAAACCGAGCCAAACUGAAAGGGAUGGGGAUUACUCACAUCCUGAAUGCUGCGGCAGUGGAGAAGAGCUUGAAGGUCUUGUCUGAAAUUCCAAGCAAGAAAAGCCUAAAAGGAAAGGUCAAUACAGGAGAGGCAUAUUACCAAGGCAGGAGCAUCAAUUACUAUGAUGUUCCUGCAGAAGACAAAUGCUCAUUUAACAUCAGCGAGUACUUCUUCCCAGCCGCACAGUUCAUCCACCAGGCCCUGAGUAACCCAGAGAAUAAGGUGUUGGUGCACUGCAAAAAGGGUCUCAGCCGCUCUGCCACACUUGUUCUGGCAUAUCUGAUGAUUUACCAUGACAUGAUGGUGGAGGAUGCCAUUGACCAUGUCAUGGAGGCGAGAGACAUCAGGCCCAACAUAGGCUUCUUGAAGCAACUGACAAUCCUCAAUUCAAACCUCAAAAGUCAGCGGAUACUACAGUUAAAAAAACAGAUCAAAGUUGAAAAAGAAACGGAUUAAAAAUACUUGAUGCAAAAUAAAAACAAAUAUGUAAAACAGUUUGUCUAAAUUUUAUUAAAUUGAGCAUUAUUUCUUAAGUCCUGUGGAGUAACAUCAUGUUAAUAAAGCAAUAGAAAUACACACGUAGUACAAACUAAAAAAAGUAAAGUAACACCUCGCCUGCACAAGAUGUAAGUGCCUCUUCAAAAGCACAUAGAACGAAUUACUUUCAGUCAUAGACAGUCAAAAUUUGACCU